AUGGCGCAACGCAAGAAAGACACCCCGUCUGUAAUCGCAGACACCAACAAGUCCGAGGCCGAGGCGGCGGAGACGAAGGACCCCCUCGUCCGAAAGACAUGGAUCGAGGAGAUCCCGCCGGUAGUGCGGUUCUUCCUAGCGAUCUUUGGAAGUUUAGCCCUGAGCUCGGUGCUUUUCACCUUCACUUCGGGGGUUACGCUUGGGGAAUUGGGUCGUGUGAGCAAGCAUCUCGAGGCCUGGUGGGAAGUGGGGGGGUUGAUGGCGUGGAAAGCUGUAGAGGUGGGAUUGGCAUGGAUACUCGGGUUUGACGGACGAGACACUUUAUCCUUCGUCUUCCUCAUCCAUUUACCGACCUACGCGCUUCUCGCCUCCUUCUACAACCUCCGCCCCACAAGCAUAUUAACAUCCUACGCGAUCGUGCUCUUCUCCACCGCUCUCCCCUUCAUGCUCCUCCGCAACCCCACCUCCGUUCAUAACCUCUCUCGUGCGCCCUCCACCGCCGUCUCGAACCGCGGUAUCCUACAAGACACAGCAAUCACCCUGUACACCACCGCUGUCGCAACAGCCAUCUACACCGUCGUGCUAUACCUCAGCUACGAGACCUGGCUCCCCGCCCAACUAGUCGUGCACUUCGAGAACCUCCCCACCCUCUCUCAGGCCCACGCCGGCCCCGCAGGCCUACCGGCUCUCUUCCUCGCCCUCCUCCCAGCUGGCUGGGCAGCGCGGGAUUUCAUCUUCGUCAGCUCGACGGGGACUCCGUCGCCUUCGAGCAGCUCGAGCGCUGCUGCGCCCCGCGAGGGCGAGUAUCUAGCUUGCACGGUCUAUCGCAAGACGUUCGGCGCUUUGUCAAACAGCACAAGGGUUCUGGUUUCCCGAACGGCGGUCCUCGCUGCGAUGUCGAUGGUGAAUACGGUGGUCCAAGUGGCUGGCGCGCUCAACGGGGCGACUGUGCAAGGGGCGUUGGUUUGGGGCAGUCUCUGGGCUGCUGCGACGGUUAUUGUGGGAAUGACGUAUGGUUGGAUUGAAGGUGUUGAUGGAUUCUAA